ACAUUUUACACAUCUAUUGGAAUUCACUUAAUCAGUACCCUUGUAUAUUUAUUGAUUUUUGAAAGGUUUUUUUAAAAAAAAAUGUCUGAAACCAAGGAGGAAAAAAUCCGUAGGCUGAACCAGGAACUGGAGGAUUUUAUAGCAGCUGAAGCAGCCAAAUGUCAAAACAAGAAAAAAGAGGAAAAAAGCUUUGAAGAAGUUCUACAGGAAAUUGAAACCCACCCAGCAUUUCUCAAAGAUAUUGACUACUCAAAACCUCUUAGUAAAGAAAUGGAAGGACUAAUGCGAUUGAAGUACGAGCAACAAGACCCAACCAGCAAUGCUGAGGCUUUCAAAGAGGAUGGGAAUGUUGAAUUUAAGAAGAAGAAAUAUGACAUAGCUGUGGAAAACUACACAGAAGGCAUCAAGAUAAAGUGUCCUGACAAAACUUUGAAUGCUGUCUUGCAUACAAACAGAGCAGCUGCCCAGUUCCACAAACAAAAUUACAGAUCAGCCCUUCAAGAUGCAAUCAUUGCUCGGAAGUUCAAACCAGACCACAUGAAAGCUAUUGUAAGAGGUGCUCAGUGUUGUAUGGAGAUGAAGAAAUACACAGAAGCUAGCUUAUGGAGUGAUCUUGGACUAGCUAUAGAAGAUACAAACACAGUUCUUUUGGACAUAAAACAAAAAGCAGAAAAAUUCAAGAGCAUACAAGAAAAAGAAAAAAGAAAAGAACAAGCAAAAGAAAGAAAAGAAUUUGUAGAGCACAAGAAACUUAUAGACGCAAUAAUGAGUCGUGGUAUCAGGCUGGCUGGACUAGCUGAGAAGGGCUACGACCCUCUUCUCUUCACAAAUGUUGAGCUACACAAUCCUAGUGGAGCUAUGGUUUACGUUGAUGCUGACAGCACUGUUCACUGGCCUGUGUUGUUCAUGUAUCCAGAACACACACAGACAGAUUACAUAGAGGACUUUAAUGAAAACCACACAUUUCAAGAUCACAUCAUACAUAUGUUUGGUCCAGAAGCUCCCCCUGCUUCUUGGGAUCUUGACAAAAAAUACAAACCAGAAAAUUUAUUGAUAUACUAUGAAGACAAGGAGAAGACAACAUUACACCAGAUUCCACAAUCUUGGACUUUAUUGCAAGCUCUUAAAAAUAAAUGGGUGUUGGUUGAAGCUGGUACUCCAUGUUUUAUUCUCCUCGUCAACAAAUCACGAUUCCAGGAACAUUUUGUAAAAGAAUACACAGUGAUUUCUCAUGAAAAAUAAAAAUCAAAACUUA